ACGGUAUGCGCUGUAUGGAGAAUAUGCAUUACUUAAAUAGAUAGAGGUAGAUAUAAACAGCGAAUAGUACAUCGCAGCAAGGCAGUAUUAUUCAUUACCACGUAUGAUUUCGAAGUUCGGUAGUUAAAUAUAUUUGAACGAAAACGGACAAUUUGAAAGUCGCACGUGCGUCUGUUCAAACGUGCCCCUGACAAAUUUUUACGAGCUUUUCUAGAAAUUGAUCGUGCCGUGCUUUUCGCCAAAAUGCCAGAAAACGGAAUGCCACUGUCCGAAUUAAACAAUUCGACAAGCAUUUCGAUAGCGAAGGAAAUAACGAAUGACGCAAAUAGAAAUCCCGAGAUUACCUAUGGCAUCGACGACGUUCCGCCGUGGUAUUUGUGUUUAUUCAUGGCAUUGCAGCAUUACUUGACCAUGAUUGGUGCCAUCGUUUCCAUCCCUUUCAUUCUAACGCCAGCUCUCUGCAUGGCUGAAGAUGAUCCCGCGAGAAGUCACAUUAUUUCCACGAUGAUCUUUAUUACUGGUCUAGUGACGUUUAUUCAAACUACCAUAGGAUGUAGAUUGCCAUUGGUGCAGGGUGGUACUAUAUCGUUCUUGGUACCAACUUUGGCGAUAUUGAAUUUGCCGCAAUGGCAGUGCCCUACAACGGAAGUUCUUCAGCAAAUGUCCCACGAAAAUCGGACCGAGCUCUGGCAAAUCCGGAUGAGAGAACUGUCGGGUGCCAUUACUGUUUCUGCUUUGUUUCAAGUAAUCAUCGGUUUUGGAGGUAUCGUCGGAUAUUUGCUGAAAUUUAUAACUCCCCUGACAAUCGUGCCAACGGUUUCGCUAGUUGGAUUAUCGCUCUUCGAAAACGCAGCGGACGCGGCGUCUAAACAUUGGGGCAUCGCGGCUGGAACAAUAAUACUACUGACGACAUGCUCUCAAAUAAUGGUCAAUAUUCCAUUUCCAUUGCCACUUUAUCGCAAAGGUCAAGGACUUCAAAUUAUUUGGUUCGAAUUGUUCAAACUCUUCCCAGUUUUGCUGACGAUAAUCAUCAUGUGGAUAAUCUGCACUAUAUUAACGGUAACCGACACCCUACCAUUCGGUCAUCCCGCUAGGUCGGAUAGCAAAUUGAGAAUUAUAAACGACUCACCCUGGUUUCGAGUACCGUAUCCUGGACAAUGGGGUGUACCCACGGUAACAUUGUCAGGAGUACUCGGUAUGCUAGCGGGAGUGCUAGCGUGCACAGUCGAGUCCAUCAGCUACUAUCCGACCACCGCGAGGAUGUGUGGAGCACCGCCACCCCCAGUUCACGCGAUCAACCGUGGUAUCGGUAUAGAAGGUCUGGGUACGAUGCUGGCUGGACUUUGGGGUAGCGGCAAUGGCACGAACACGUUUGGCGAGAACGUCGGCACGAUAGGGGUCACCAAAGUUGGUAGCCGCAGGGUCAUACAGUGGGCCUGCUUCUUAAUGAUCUUACAAGGCGUUAUCAGCAAAUUCGGAGCGGUGUUUAUCAUAAUUCCUGAGCCGAUAGUCGGCGGAAUAUUCUGUGUGAUGUUCGGAAUGAUUUGUGCUUUCGGCCUGUCGGCGUUACAAUAUAUAAAUCUUAAUUCCUCGAGAAACUUAUUCAUUUUAGGCCUAUCCAUGUUCUUCCCUUUGGUCUUGUCGAAGUGGCUGAUCAAAUAUCCGGACACGAUACAAACGGGAAACGCUGUGGUGGAUAGCGUAUUCACUGUAUUACUCAGCACCACUAUUCUAGUAGGUGGUGCGUUAGGCUGUGUAUUGGAUAAUAUCAUCCCAGGAAACGCGAAGGACCGUGGAUUAGAAGCUUGGGCAAAGGAAAUGGAACUGACCAAUAGCGCGGCUGAUAAAAGUGACGAUGUGCCCAGUGCUAAGUACAUCCGGAAUACUUUCGACUUUCCGUUCGGAAUGAGUCUGCUGAGAAGGUGGAAAUGGACGUCAUAUGUGCCGUUUUUACCUACUUAUCAGAAAUCGUAAAUGACUUAAGAGUAAAUAACACAAUUACCUCAAGCGUGCAUACGCCUAUCUGUUGCGAGAUAUGAUCUUUAAUCGAAAAAAUGUGAUAUGUAAAAAAGACAAAUGUGUGAUAUUAGAGUUAUAAACAUUUUACGGCACAUGAUUAUGAUUCCAAAUCUUAAGUUCUGCUAUAUCACAUUUGCUUUGUCGCGACGUUACAAAAAUACAAUUUGCGUAGAGAUUAAUUAAGAUAGUGGAUAGCCUACGAAAAAAAAGAUAGAGAGUAAAUAAGAAUUCCAUACGUUAAAUAUCGACAACAUUUGCUAACAAAACAGAGGAUAUAAAAAUGUUUCAUGUCUGACUUAGGAUAUGGUCUACUUGACGUUGCAAAUAUAUGCUUCGAAUUUGUGAACUACAGUCCUAAAAAUAAUUGACUGAAAUAUUUAGAUUAUUAACAUUAACGUGAUUUGUUUUAUCAGGAAGUGUAUUGUAUAAGAGUACAUUAAUCAAUAAUUAAUGAUACUAGGCUAAUAUCAACGAUUAAUAUAUAAAGUAUCACAAUAUUGAUAAAAGUAGCACUUGUGUAAUAUAUGCAACAAAGAAAUAAUUAAUUUAAGAGCUUAGAUAACGUAAAUUGUGUACUAAUUGGUUACGGGCAAAUUGGAUCCAUUGGAACAAAGAGUUUCACAAUCGGUAGUCUCAGAAAUAAUUAAGAGUUUCGCUCAUGUAUCUUAUAUUAUCUUCAGAAGAGAAUCGAAGAUAAUGUAUAUUAUGAGCACUUGUUUAUAUUUUAUUCAAUAACUUGACUUAAUAAUUAAUAUUUUACAUUAAAACUUAACGAUUGUAUUCAUCAAAAUGUUUUGUUUAAUAAAUUAUGAACUCAAA